GCAACUGUGUACCGUGACUAUGUUUUCAUUUGGCGGUUGGUAGGUUGUACCAGCCAGUGUGUUUGGUGUGUGUAUAUGAAUACUGAAUAGCAUAAAUAAACUGAACUGGUGUAGUUUGUGGAGGUAUUGACGUAAACUUCUUAUAAUGCCAGCGAAUAGGAAAAUACCACAUAUUGCUAUACAAAAUGAUUGGAACAUUGCCUUGCAAAAUGAAAAUGGUACUGCAUGGUGUAGUUUCAAAUACAUUGGGGAAACUAGCGUACAGUGUACGAUUAAAAACGUAGGAAGGGAUGGGAAAGCAUUUGAAGUUACGCCUAAUGAACUCUCCGUUAAUAGGAUAUCUGCUACUGUAAUUCAGGUAACCCAUCCUGAAUCUAACACCGUGUGUUUCUUCAAAUCUCCUGACUCAGAGUUCUUGAACAUUCACAAGAAGAGCGUUGUUUCAUUAGAUGUUUCUCCUGGCGGUUUGGGCGUCUCCGUUUGUACAGAAAACAAGUUACUCGUUUGGGAGACAAGCACGGGAGAUGUAAGGCGUGUGCUGGAAGGUCAUGCAGGAGAUGUUUAUAAGUGUGCGUUGUUUCCUUCAGGAAUUGUCGUUCUCUCGGGCGGUGCUGACAUGGUGUUGAAAAUUUGGUCUGCAGAGACUGGACAGUGCCCUGUGACCCUGCGUGGACACACAGCAGCAGUGACAGACUUCUGCAUCGUCGACAAAGGAAAGAACAUUAUUUCUGUUUCGAAAGAUGGCACGGCGAAGCUCUGGAGCUGUGGACAAGCAGCAUGUCUUGGUACGGUUGUCAAGUUGGAUGGAGACAUAAAUUGCUGCAAUAUUUCGGUCGCAGAGGAGGGCUUGGACCUUGGAGAACGCACUGAUCCGUUGCAGGAACAUGAAGUUGGUACACAAAAUAAGAUUUUAUUGGUUGGAUGUGAAAGUGGCAUUGUUUGCUGCGUUUCAGUUUAUAGUAAGAAGAAAUUUUUCUCGGUUAAAAGCCCAUCUGCCGUAAAUAGCGUUAAAUUUCAUACAAAAAGUAAUGUCUUAGUUGGGUGCCAGGAUGGCAGCAUUCACCUUUACAACUUAAAAACAUCAGAAUGUAUCCUGACAUUAAUGGAAUCGUGUAGCCCUGUCCUCAGUCUGUUGACUCUUGAUAGUGGUGCUGUAUUUGUUGGCAGGGCAGAUGGCACAUGCAUAUGCUACAGGAGUGUUGCACAAGACAAUGAAUCUACUGCCAGAAGACUUCAGUUUACUGGUUCUGACUUUGAUCCUAUAUAUGGCAUUUGUUCUGAUGGCAAAAAAAUAUACACUGCUUGUCGUGAUGGUGUUAUUAGAAGUUAUAAACUUACAGGUGAAUUGGACAUGAUGUUUAAAAGUACUUAUACAUGAUAACAAUUCCUGCAAUCAUUAUAUGUUUGUUAAGUGUGUGGCUUUACUGCACUUACCUGCCUUGCAGGCUUGCCUGUUAACUUGACAGCUGCUAUUCUAAUUUUGAAGAAAAUAAUUAAAAGCUUUUAUAAUGGUG